AUGCCUGUUUCUGGGAAUUCUCAGGGGUGCGGGGCAGGCAGGUCGCAGAGGCUUCCACAGAGCAACAACCAACGAGGGCGGAAUCAGAUAAUUGAUCUUCACUCGUUCUCAACAGGUCGUUCAACAUCAACUCAGUCAACUAAAUCCAUCGAGAAAUCAACGGAUUCAACGGCUAACAAGGGGAUUUACGCCCCCCGAAGUCAAGUCGAAGAAUCGACUCAACGGAAUUCGAGCAACGGAGAGGACACUAAGUUUUCCCACAACUCAACGGAUCAACGAUUAGUGCUCUUGGCUACGGCUAAAGCCAGGGCAUUCUCCAAUAGCGGGUUCUACACAAUCGCAAGAAUACUCAUCGACCAAGGCUCAGAGCUUUCAUUUAUUUUGGAAAGCCUGGUUCAUCAACUUCAACUAUAUCGACGACAUUCAACGAUCGAACUCAUCGGAAUUGGUGGAAAACACGUAUGUUCAACGAGAGGGAGUGUGGUAAUCACGCUCCAAUCAACGAAACAGCCAUUUCAACAAGUUGAGAUCAACUCCCACAUCCUACAUAAGCUAACCUCACGGUUACCAACGUUCUCAUACUCAUAUGCAUUAGUCGGAUCACUGCAGCAGCUUCAACUGGCAGAUGAGAACUACUCCACACCUGGACCUAUCAACAUAAUUAUCGGAGCUGACAACUACGGGAAGAUCAUCGGCAACGGGAUUAAGAAAUCCAACGACGAUCAAUUAGUUGGCCAACUAACAACAUUCGGACGGAUCCUAUCGGGUCCAUUAUGCAACACAAAGUAUUCAACGAGGACCUCCUUAUCCGCGGCAAGGGGAUCUUCUAACGAACAAUUAACGGAGCUUUUACACAGAUUCUGGGUCCAGGAAGAACCACCAAUCUCAACAAAUGCAACCAACGAACUCACACCAGACGCAUUAGAGUGUGAAGAACACUUUCAACGCACUCAUCACCGAGACACGUCUGGGCCCUACAUUGUGCAAUUGCCACUUCGCACAUCAACAGCAGCGCUCGGAGGAUCGAGGAACCAAGCACUUCGUCAACUCCAGUCGGGGAAACGAAAACUAAACGGUAAUCCUGAUUACAGCAGACUCUACUAUGACGUUAUCAACGAAUACGAAGCACUUGAUCACAUGCGACGUAUACAACAAACAUCAGGACCAGCAACAAAUUACUACCUGCCACAUCAUGGGGUUCUGAGGGAAGAUUCGCUAACCACGAAGCUUCGAGUAGUCUUCAACGGCUCCAACAAGACAUCAACGGGUAUCUCACUCAACGACAUCCUCCACGCGGGCGGAAAGCUCCAAGUGGAUGCAAUGGAUGUACCCACAUGGUUAAGACGACAUCGCCUCGUCUUCGGCACCGACAUCGUUAAGAUGUUUCGACAAAUCAACGUACACCAUGACGGUCGGAAUCUUCAACGCAUUCUUUGGAUAGACGAAAAUCAACAACUUGUGACAUAUCAACUGACAACGGUCACAUAUGGACAGAAAUGCUCUCCAUGGCUCUCUUUGAGAGUUCGUCAACAACUCGUCAACGAUGAAGGUCAACGAUUCCCUGCAGCAGUGCAACUGCUAACUAAAGGCCGCUAUGUCGACGACAUUGACGGUGGAGCGGACUCCGAGGGAGAAUUCAAAGAAAUAGUAACUCAACUGUAG